AUGAUCAUCACCUCUUCUGUAUCCAGCUCUCACGUCCCAGCUAAUGACCCCAUCCCUACAGGUGUCCUCAUCGAAUGCGACCCGUCCGUGAAAGCCAUCAUCCUGAAAUACGACGAAGAGCGCCACGACUACAUCGUCGAAGACCUCGAUGACGACCGCCACCUUGUGAUCAAAGAGAGUCAGCUUCAGAAUCUCAAAAUCCGACUGGGAAAGGAACUCGACGAUAAGGUCAUGCAGCCGGAGGAAUCGGAGUCGGAGUGA